AUGGAUGAUUUUCUAUGUAGAAAAUUUGCUCUUUUGAGGACGUAUUUACCCGAUGAAUUAAAUACAAAUGUAACAUCUGAUUUUGAAGAAAAUCCGAAUUUUAAGAAAUAUUGCUAUAAUCAAGGUUCAGGGGUAAAUGAAUGCAAUACUGAUCUCGAUAAAAUUACGGUUGGAUUUUUAUGGUUACUUGAACAAUAUUUUACUAUAUCCAAAGAUAUAAGUUAUAAUGAAAAUAAUACUAAUGCAUUUUUUCUAUAUGUGAUUUCAUGGUUUAGUUACAAAUUAAAGCAAAAUUCAGAGCACAAUACUACCAAAAUAAACGAUUUUUAUACUGAAUAUGUAAAUAAUAGUAAUAAAUAUGGUAGUUUUAAAAGUCAUGCCUAUAGAUAUACAGAUCUUAAGGAAUUCAUAGCUGAACAAAAAGAUUUGUUGAAUAUUAAUAUUGAAGAUCUGUCUAAAUUUUAUGAUGCAUUCAAAUUAAUAUGUAGUAUGUAUGGUAAUUUUGAAACGAAUAAACAUGAACAAUUGCCAGAUAAUGCUACUAGUUUUGUUAACAAAUAUACAGAGCUCAAAGAUGACAGUAAUAUUAAAGGUACCCUACAUAGUCAACUAUUGUCUGCUUUAUUAACUGACUAUAAUAAUUUAAAAGAGAAAUGUAAAGAUAUUCAACCCCUUCCAGAGAUAACAUCAAACAUUUAUGCACUAUCAUCUGGAUAUACAUCAUCAAGUUCAUCUAUAGGAAAGAAAUUAUUUACAGUUUUAUCGAUAUUUGGUGCAAUAGCAUUUCUUUUAGGAAUUUCUUACAAGUAUUCAUUAUUUGGAUUUCGGAAACGAGCUCAAAAACAAUAUUUAAGAGAAAAAAUAAAAAAAAUAAAGAAGAGAAUGAAUCAUUAA